AUGAGUUAUUUAUAUUCUCCUCGCAACCCUACGCCUCCACCUUCCCAACGAUCGAAACCGGAUGAGGUUAAAUUUUUGAAUAGAAUAAGUUUUCAUAUGUUGGAAAAAUAGGAAAAAAUUUCAGUUUAUAUUUUUGUCGAAUGUCAAUCGAAAAUGAGUAUUUACUACUCUUAUUUUUACUUGGCAACUGUGCGGACACUUUUUGUUGAAACAUAUUCCAAUGAUUAAUAUGUUUGGCGAUGAUUUUUCGAAACGAAAAAUUUGUUUGUGAAACCUCAUGAGGUACUGGGUUAAACCAUUAUUGUAAUCUUCGAGUUAAUUAUCUAGUCUGUAAUACCUUUCAAGGGAGGUCACUUCGUUUUGGGGUUUAGAAUUUUAUACAAGUUCGCUCAAUCCUUCUCUGACAGUAUAAAUGAAGAUACCUCAUAGUAGACACUACCUGCUCAAACUUUUAGUUUUUGAGAUACGUUUUUACAACGUGGCGAAAUAUGAGCUUUAGGCUCCAAAAUUUAUAGCUAACGCAGGUUGCGACUUUGAUGAAUCCAUGAAUUUUCAGAGAUUGUAUGAGCAAACUUUCAGUAUAUUUCAAACCACAAAAUGACUUCUUUUGUUAGUAGUCACCUUGCCUAGGUAUAUUUGAAGAAAAAGUCAUAAAUUUCUGAUUUUUUCAGAAAACGAUAUCUAUUCUCACAGAAGAAGUGACAAUCUCGGUCAUUGGCUCGGCAGUCUGCUUCAUUGCUUACAAUUCUUUAUUCAUAGCCGGGCAAAUUUGGGCCGCCUUCGGUACUUUAGCCUACGGUCCGCCAAAGCAACUUUCCUUAUUUAUUUCUACUUUUUUCAGGCAUUUAUUAUAUUCCGUUGUUCUACGCUCUCUUUAAGAAACAUCGACAAGUUUUGGGGUACUGUCUUAUUGCUCAUGUGGGUUUCGUUUGGUUUUCGAAACUUUAGAAGCUUCGCAUCUCUUUCAAAAACACAAAAAAGACUUUUUAGUCAAGUUUUUCAUUGACACCCUCAAACCGGACUUUUCAAAUGAAACUACUGUUAUUUAGUGUUCCGACCCAUUUACUGAACGUCUUCUAAUUUGAAUGCGUAAAACUUUGUAGUUCGAAAACAUUUUCAUGAGAAAAGUGAAAAGUCGAUAUUUCAAUGAAGUUCUUUUUAGGCGAUAAACGUUUUGGCAACCUUUGGUCUCGGAAUUUUUUUCUUCGUUGAGAUUUUCGUUCCAAAAAUCAUCACAAACUGGCUCAAGUCUACUUAUGGCGGAAAUAUCGAAAAGAACGGUCGACACUCGGAACUCGUAAACAGUUGGUUUUUCACUUCAAAAACUUUUCUAAACUCAAAAAAACUUUCUUAUGAAUUAUUCCAGUUGCUCGCUAUACAAGCAUUGUAAUGUGCAUUGCUAGCAUGCUUUUUUUCGUCGUUCACUGUUACGCCUUUGCUUUCCUUUCUGUGAAGUUCAGGUAAUCGUUUUUGCAAAAAAAAAUUUCUUUUCGACUCCCAUUGUUUCCAGAAAGGGAUACAAAAUAGGAAUUUCGGGAUCAUCCCCAUCUGAAAACUCGUCGAUGGCCUCGCUUCCGAUUCCUGAACCAAUCCAGCUGCCAAGAUUGUCGUGAGACUUCAUUUUUUUUUUUCGGGCAGUUCUGAGAGUUUGCAUGUCUGACUGAGUAUAGUUAGAAAACAUUGAAAAAAACUUAAUUUUUGAGCACAUUCAAGAUAAAAAUGAUGACGACACAGCAAACUCUCUAUCCGAGCUUCUCUUUUUAAGCUUUUUCAUCAAGGUAAAUUAACUCUCAGAAGGAUAUUAUUACCUGAUCUUACGUGAUUAUCUGAUAAAGCUUUUUCCAAGUUACUUUGAUCCCUAAUUUUCAAAACACUGAAAAUUUGGUUUUCUGAAUAUGCUAUAGUCCGCCCGCCGUGAUUUGACAGUUUUCGUGUGUCUGAGUCUCUCUGUUCCCUCAUGCGUCUGGAAAUUUCCCUUGGCUUUCAACUAAUUUCAGCACAGAAAAAAAAAUUUUUCACUCAAACUUGUGACAUUCAUUACUUUUACUGAUGAGAAAAAGUUGAUUCAUAUUGGUUAAGAGCGGCUGUUAUUAGCCCUGAACCCUCACAAGGUCGUCCGAUUGCAAUGGAAGCGACUGCGAUUCCUCGAGUCCGCCAAACUGUCGUUGAAAGGUUUCUUCUUCUUACCCUUUUUUUUGAAUUUAAAAAUUGAAGGAAUCUCGAGCCACCAAUCGCAAUCCCCAGAGCCGCUUUGCAUCAAACUCAUUAUUCGGAAGCCACAUGGAGACUUUGA